GAACGCUGAUUGGCGUUUGGCAAAUAGUCGCGGUUUGUUUGCCGCUCAAAGCAAAAGUUCUUUUUUUCGGCGCAUCGGCGUUACGUACUAACGAUCGCGCGCGUACUUAGAAAAAAACAUAGUUCUUGGCUGCUCAACUAACAAGGGUGUGAAUUACUAUUUUUACCGGUGUCCUGCCAUGAACUUCGAUUAAUCGACUAUCUAUAUAAAAAAUUUAUAAAAUUACCUCGCCACAAGCAACAUGUCUUUAAUGUUUUGCACCCUAUUUCGUCGUCUAUUCCUAUUGCUUAUUUUCGCUUUAUUCGUUCUUGAUGGCUUGCUAGUGUCGAGCGUCGUGCAACAACGCACUCUGGAGGAAGCGCGUCAGGAACGGCAACGGCUGGUGCAGAAGUAUAUUAAAACUUUAAAUAAGGAGGAGGGUGCCAUACGAUUGGUGGGCGGUGAAACGGAGUAUGAAGGCAACAUCGAAAUAUUACACAACAACAAAUGGGGUGCCAUUUGCGACGACGAAUGGGAUGCACUCGAAGGCCGCGUCGUAUGCCAGCAACUGGGCUAUCCUGGUCUUCGACGCGUCACCCACAACGGUUUUUUCGGUUUAGCGCGACGUCGCUACUGGAUGGACAACAUGUACUGUGAAGGCGACGAACACGAACUCACCGACUGCCACUUCGAUGGUUGGGGCAUAAACGACUGUGAAGCUAAUGAAGCCGCCGGUGUUGUCUGCAAGAGUCCGCAAGCAGAGCGCACAACGGAGGCACCUUUGCCACAGCACCUGCCAAAAUUCACGCUACCACAUGCCUAUCGUAUCGAAUUGCGGUUACGCGGUGGACGCCGAGCGCACGAAGGACGCGUUGAAGUGCGCAUCGAUGGUGGCCGAUGGGGCACAAUAUGCUCGGACGGAUGGUCACUGCUGGAAGCAAACGUAGUUUGUCGUCAACUGGAUUUGGGUUUCGCACGCGACGCGCUUCAAACGGACUACUUUGGUGGAUUGGACAUUGCGCCGGCGGUACUAAGCGGUACCGAGUGUUAUGGUAAUGAGACUUCGUUGGCGCAAUGUCUACAUCACGACCACUUGCGACCGCCUGCGGAAUGUCACGGUGAGCGUAAUCAUGUUGCGGUGGCGGUAUGCGAUCAUUUGGCGCCCGAUUUGGUGGUGGACUUCUAUGAACUAGAACAAACGGCGCACUUGGAAGAUCGACCGAUGGCACUGAUGCAGUGCGCAAUGGAGGAGAACUGUGUAGCGAAUGAGGCUUAUGACAUACAGCGAGAUGAUCCUAAUUGGCGUUAUGUGACACGGCGGUUGCUAAAAUUUACCGCGAGUACACUGAAUGCGGGCAACACAGAUUUUCGGCCGUUCAAGGAGAAACACCUGUGGGAGUGGCACAUGUGUCAUAUGCACUAUCACAGCAUGGAGGUAUUUGCCACAUUCGAUGUCUAUGAUCUGAUGGGCAACAAAGUGGCACAAGGACACAAAGCAUCCUUUUGCUUGGAGGAUAAUCAGUGCCUCUCAGGAGUACCAAAGAAAUAUAACUGCGCCAAUUUUGGAGAUCAGGGCAUCUCAGUCAAUUGCUCUGAUAUUUACCUUUACAAUUUGGACUGCCAGUGGGUGGAUAUUUCCGAAUUAGAUACCGGUUCUUAUAUUUUGAAAAUCGCCGUUAAUCCGGAAUUCAAAGUGGCCGAAAUGAGUUUUGACAACAAUGCAGCGGUGUGCAACCUUUUAUAUACAGAUACUUAUGCGCGUGUGGAUGACUGCAGGCUGAGUAGGCCUUAGGCAGAAUUUUAUAGGUUUUCACGAGGAAGCCCUCAACUCAACAGUGCCAAAAAUUAAAUAACUGAUG